AAACAACACCUUAUUCUUUCCGGUUUCCACAACUUCAAUAAAACAAAACUCUCUUCCCUCUGACUUUCAUCUCACAAAAUCUCAUUCCUCUUGAGAUUUUUUUCUCUACUUCUCCAUUUUUCUUUCUCCUCUUUUCCAAUGGCGAUUAGGGUUUUCUUCUUAGCUUUACUCCUCCUCGCUUCUCCCUUUCUUCAAGUUGCAAAGUGUCAAUUGGAUUCAACUCCUGAGUCCGAAACUGCUGCUUAUUUAUCCACCGAAGAAAGCAGUGAUCUUGGAAUCGUUGAUGAUGAUACUCAACAUUAUGGUGAUGAGAGGUUAAUCUCUGCUCCUGGUGUUGAGACGGUUUGUGUAUUCCCUAAGAAUAGUGGAAAAGUUGUUCCGGCCGGCAAAGAAACAGAGGUGCUUGUUGGAAUUAAAUAUGAUGGGGAGGCUAGUGUCAAUGUUGUUGCCCUUCAGGCCAGCGUUCAUCUCCCAUAUGAUCACCGCUUGCUGGUCCAGAAUCUUACUGCACAGGUAUUUAACAAUGCCUCUGUUCCUCUAUCAGCUCAAGCCACAUUCCCCUACAUAUUUGCUGUCAGCAAAUACUUGCAGCCCGGAUCAUUUGAUCUUGUUGGCUCAAUCGUUUAUGAGAUUGACAAGACUCCAUAUCAGAGCACUUUCUACAAUGGUACCAUUGAAGUUGUCGAGGCUAGUGGCUUCUUAACCAUUGAGACUGUUUUCUUGGUUAUGCUUGCUAUUGCUGUUGUUGCUGCUCUUGGUUUGUGGUUACAUGGUCAAUUGCAACGCUUUUCAAAGAAAUCUAAGAAGGCGCCCAAAGUGGAAGUCGGAACUCGCUCAACUGACUCCUCAUUGGAUGAAUGGCUCCAGGGCACCGCGUACACCCAAAAGAAGAAGAAAUGAAAUGCUUAGCGUGGUUACGAAGAACUGUUCAUUAUAGGCUCAUGUAACUUAUCGGCAUUUAAUUGUUAGAGCAGAAGAGACUACUUUUUAGAGUAGAAUGUGCAUCAAACCAAAACUGAUAAACUUUUGAUGGGAGUUUGGUCUAUAAUGAAUAUAUUUUGGGUCUCCCAUCAUUAUUUGUUAUACAAAUUUACAAAUUGAAGACUCCAUUCUUUAGA